CGAAAAGAUUCAAACGCGUUCGGAAAGUUGACAGUUUCGUCCAACUCGGAAGGCAGACGACGACUAUAAAGCAAAACAAUACGCCAUCCUGCCUGUCUCUUCCAUACUACCCCCAUCUCGCCUCGCUACCCUCAUCUGCACGACGCCGCUUGUCGUCUCCACAGCAAUACAUCACCAUCAUCCGGCUGCAUCGACGGUUUUUGUAUAUACUGGUCUGCUUUUAUAGUCCUUGUCGUUUACCAUGGCUACCGCGAACCCCUCGUCCUCGGCAGCGCCUUCACGGGUAACCCUCUCGCUGGGUCAUCUGCCUAGUAAGAAAGACAUCAAGGCCCCCUGGCCAAGAACCCCCACCCGCGUCGACCCGAACAAUCCUCCCUGGCCCGCCUACCGUGGAUAUCAUGAAUACUCUUUUGCUCAUGCUACCAUGCAGGCUCGUUUGCCGACUAUCCUUGGAAAGGCAAUCGAUGACACUAUUCGCACUCUUAACGAACAGUCCUCCGAAGAAAAGAUCAUCGACCUCGUUCAAUGCAUAGAACGCAUGGAAGCCCUCAUGGUUGACCUCAGUGGCAACAAGAAGCUUCGUCCUAUUAUAGACGAUAACGAAGCCGAUGUGGCUCUUUGGAACAAGGAGAUUGCGAAGUACUUCCAGGGCAAAGACUUCAUGAAUGCGCCUUGGCUGUUCGCUGAAGCGUAUAAAUACCGGAGGUUACGCGAAUGUUUCAGCAUCAGUAAAUUCUGGUCCGAUUAUGAUGUCUUUUAUAGACAAAAGUGUGAUACCUUUUCUCGUUCCGCAGAAGCAGUUUUCGAAUUAUCCAUGCGCUUCGCCGAACCUUUCACUCUCUCAGAGAGUCUUACGGCCGCUGAAAAGCUCGAAGCGGAGCGUCAUAUGUUCCUCGAGCUGACUCAAGUCUGCUUAUGGGGCAAUUCUACGGAUCUUUCAUUGCUCAUCAAUAUGACUGAAGAACAGAUUAAGGCGUUACAAUCGACAGGAGGUGACCAUCUUGCGGCAACCGAGAAGAACAUCCUCGGAAAUCACCUCAACGAGCUCUGGGAUGUUGUCAAGCAGUCCCGUGACAAUACAGGAGGUAGAUUUGACUUCGUCCUUGACAAUGCCGGCUUCGAGUUGUACUGUGAUUGUGUCUACGCCGACUUUUUGUUGCAAAGUGGAUUAGCCAAGCGAAUACACUUCCACGGAAAACGAUACCCCUGGUUCGUAUCAGAUGUAACACGGAAAGACUGGGACUGGCUGCUCAAUUCUAUGGUUUAUGGCCAAUUGUUCCCGAAAGCAUCUGAUGUAGAGCUGGAGUCUCUUCGAAGGCUUGGUCAGCGCUGGAAGCGAUACGAGAAAGAAGGGAAAUGGGUUUACGAACAACAUCCCUUCUGGUGCACUGGGUACACUUUCUGGGAUCUUCACUCCGAAGCUCCCGAUCUCUUCCUUCAUCUUUCGCGAUCGGAUUUAGUCGUUUUCAAGGGCGAUUUGAACCACAGGAAGUUGACGUACGACUGCGCCGCGCCUGCUAGUACACCCUUUGACGUCGCUAUCGGUUCUAUGGCAAGCGCUGCUGGAGCGCCUCGCGUGGCUAGCCUUCGAACGAUCAAAUCAGAUGUUGUGGUGGGUCUCGGUGCUGAGGGUGACGAUAUCGCUGAGAAGCUAGACAAUGACGAACCAGGCUGGAAAAUCAGUGGAAAAUAUGCUGUUGUGCUCUUGUCGGAAGGUCGUCCCGGGGAGAAAGUCCGCUUUGCUUAGUGGAAUCGGAAAGAAAUUGUACGUGAUAGAUUGCAUGUAUUGUAUACUGCUCUUCAUUAUUAGGACUCAUCACCGCGUACAUGUCAUGUACUUAGUCUUCAGGUUGUGACAUACAUGUUGGGAUUUACAUGAAACUUGUGGUAAUAGUUAGAACUUAAGUAUUCACGAAUCCUUAGUGGCACUUGCCAAGAACAUGUAUGACUUUAAGCUCAGGUAAAUAAGCAUAAAAUGAUCUACC